AUGACUGGCUUCGACCAGCAGGCGCCCAAGCUCGACAUCACCGACCCCAAGGUCUGCAAGUCGUACCUCGUCGGCAACUGCCCGCACGACCUCUUCACCAACACCAAGCAAGACUUCGGGCCCUGCCCCAAGGUCCACAACGAAGCCCUCAAGACCGAGUACCACGACGCCUCGGAGCAGCAGAAGCGCACCUGGAACUUUGACUACGAGUACUUCCUGGACAUGCAAAAGUACGUCCGGCAGUGCGACGGCCGCAUCAAGGAGGCCCAGGGCCGCCUCGAGAAGACGACCGAGGAGAUCCGCCUCUCCAACCAAUACCUCAACACCAUCAAGGAGCUCAACAGGUCCAUCGAGGCCGGCAUGCUCGAGGUCCAGAUCAUGGGCGAGGAGGGCAUGGUCAACCUGGCCGUCAACGAGUUCUACAAGCUGCGCGUCAAGAAGGCCGAGAAGGAAGAGACGGAGAAGAUGCUGCGCAACCUGACCGAGACGGGCGGUCCGUCGGGCCACCAGAAGCUCCAGGUCUGCGACGUGUGCGGCGCCUACCUCAGCAGGCUCGACAACGACCGCCGGCUCGCGGACCACUUCUACGGCAAGAUGCACCUCGGAUACGCCCAGAUGCGCAAGUCGUACGACGCCCUCGCCAAGGUGGUCAAGGGCCGUGCUCCUCCUGCGCGGGACUCGUACCCGCCUGGCGAAGACAGGAACGGCUAUGGUGGAGGAGGCAACUGGGGAGGAGGCUUCGGUGCCGGUGGCGGCGGGUACGGCGGCGGCCGGGGCGGGCGCCGCGGAGGGCGUGGCAGACGAGGCGGCGGAUGGUAG